UGGCCUUGAAGGUUUUCAUUAGACUGGAAGAGGUUAAAGACUACAGCUACACUGAUAUAGAAUAUUCAAUCUUGUUUCAUUGUGAUCUAGCUCUACGUGUGGUUAGUACAUCUGUAUAAAUUCUUUUUACAAUACACAUAACUCCUCCAACUCCUAAUUUCUGACACCCACUCAGUCCCUGUAAAAUGAUAUACACUGUAAAACAGGUGUCUCCAAAUACGGUCCACCAUAGGUCUGCAUUUGCAGCUAGAGCCUGGAAUUACUUUCACUUGCGUUUCUGCAUUGUGAUUUAGUUCUAGGUGUGGUUAAUACACGCCUAUAUAAAAUCUUUCACAAUACACAUAACUCCAACUCCUGCAUAGACAGAAGAGAGAAGACGUUCGCAGCAAAGAAGUAGUAACUAUGGCAGUGCCAUCGACUUCACAUGACCCCGAGAACAUGGAGCUUCGGAACUCUUUCAGCUCAAAAAAUAGUCCAGUCCACUUUGUAGAGGGGAGACAUUUAUCUAUCACGGAUGUUUAUAACAGCUUGACCAAAAAAAGCACGGAACUUAAUACAAGCGGGAAGAAAAUGUUGGAAACCCUGAAAUAUAUGGAACCACAUAGAUUUGAACACAUUCAACAAGAGUUUGGGGUCCGUCGCCUACAGCACGUCACUGACAAGUCCUCUAUGGAUGGAAUUUAUGAUGAGGAGCGUUUUAAGGCAAAAAUGCGAGCCAGUCGUCCUGAAUUUAGAGACCUCUUAUUCUGGAGUGCAGACAUUGCACAAAAAGACAUUAGGGAGGCACGCAAAGAGUCAUAUGAGAAAGCCAAGAAAGUUCUCCCAUCUGGGAUGGCUAAAAAAUCUGAGAGAAAAAUUAAAUCUCAAUUUGCCAACUCUCCGGCAUUUGAUAAAUCUGCUUCACGGUAUGGCAACUUCAAGUUCUCCCUCCCGUUAUCUGAUCUUCUGUCUCUGUACCGGACUCAGCACUGUGGGGGUGAAAAGCCGCAGCUGAGGAUUCUGGGUACUGACCUGUACAAGCAGGAGAUUACGCAUUAUAUAUUAGUGCACAGCCCUGACCAGAGCCACCAGUUCAUGAACCUCUCAAAUGUCCAGCAUGGUUUUAUCUACCUGAAGGAUGAAAAAGUGUAUUGGAGUCCAGAAUCCACCUCGAUUUCUCUCAAAGUGAAGAUUGCUAAGGAUCCUGGUCCGAAUACAUGCCACCCACCCUGUAAAUUUUAUAAAGAGAAAGGCUAUUGUAUGCAUCAAAAAAUAAAAAAAUAUGAGAUACCAAGUGUGUGGAACCAUCUGGUGUUUGCAUUCCAUUUAUCUAAUAAUAAUGGCCUGAAUAUCCAGAAAGAUAAACUUUUGAAGAGCCUGAAAGCCUGUGACAUAACUGACUCAGCUUUGCUUGAUAAGGAUAAACAACUGAAAGUAGAAGACACUAAGAAUAUUAUCCAAAAAAUGAAGUGUGAUGCAAAGAGUUCUGACGUCCCAAAAGGCCCAGUGAAGAACAAGCGUACAAAGGACUCGUCUCGUCAAAGUGAGCCACCACAGCCUUCUGGUGACACAACCACCGGACCAGGCCCAGUGAAGAAAAAGUGUACAGAGGACCCGUCUCAUCAAAGUGAGUCACCACUGCCUUCUGGUGACACAACCAGCGGAUCAGGUCCGGCGAAGACCAGGCGUACUCAGGACCAACCUCCUCCAAGGGCCUACUUCCGGUGACGCAACCUCCAGACUUGGUUUGUCUCGAGGUAGCAGAACCUGGAGCCGAUGGGUGACGGGGGACUGAUUUUAAAACAUCAUGGACCAGCUGGGCUUUAUUUGCUUGCAUGUGGAGUGUUGGAUUCCAACCACACCUGUGAUUGAUGAAGCCCCUCCAAAUCUCAUGGACAAUCUUCAUGUUGUAAUACUAAAAGCUAUCUCUUUAAUAAUUGCAAUCUAUAUUUGUAAAGAGUUAAUAAUAAAUGUUCACUUAGAUUAAUGGAA